AGUUUCAAAAGCGAUUUCAGACAGAUCAAACAUCAGCGCUAUUAAAGACGGAACAUUCGUACCUGCGCACAGUUCACAACAGCGAAAGGCUAAUCAACAGAUACAAUGUCAGCUAAAGGCCCCAAAUUGGGCUUAUAUUUGGUGGCUCUUGUAGCCAUUCUGCAAAUUCAAGUUUGCCUUUCACAAUUCGCUCCUCAGGCCGUGAGAAAUGUACCCAGGACCGGAUCUGUCUCCCGUGCAACAAGCACCGCUCGUGAGCGAGAAUAUGAUUAUGGCAAUAUUGAAUUUACCAAAGGGGUGGCUAACUCCAGGACUAUUACCCAUUCAAAUGGAGGUGUCCGCAAUGGUGGCGUCACCUCGGUUUCCCGAAGUAAUGCCGUUUCACGUGAGUUAGAAUUGGGUGGUCUUCCAAUAGGCAGCACCCUAACCCGCUCCCAAACCAGAACCAAUGGUGCGGUGUCCAAGGCUGUUUCCCACGAUCUGAACGUGGGUAAGUACAGCCUUGGAACUACGGUGUCGAACACCAAUAAUGGUUUUGGCUUACAACGUUCGGCGGAUGGUGGUUUGGCAUUUGGCUUAGGUGGUUUAAGUUUUGACCUCUCCCGCAAUAAUCAACCUAGUUCGGGAGCCUUAACGCAAGCCCAAGCACAGGCGCAAGGCCUUAACGCCCGUGCUAGAGCCAACAGCAAUUCUCGAACCAAUACCCAGCAGUAUGGCAAUGUGGGUGUGACUAACACCUUCUCCAAAUCGAAUGCCGUCAGCCGUACCAAGCAAGGACAGACUUCAGCCAGCACGGGAGGUUUGGCUGGUGGAGCUGCCACUAAUGGAUUAACAUAUGGUCAAGGAUAUAGAACACGCAGAACCCCUUCAGCCCCAGUGUACGCAGCGCCUGUCCGACAAGUGGCUCCUGCUCAAUACUAUCGCCAACCCACCUAUGUAAGACCAAGGCGCAGUGCUCAAUUUAUACCUUUCGCAUAUCCUGGAGUCGAACUGGAGCGCCCCAAACGUCAAUUUGGCAGACCCAAUAGAAACCCUGGCUUUGGUAUACAACCACAAAGCCAAAAUGCCAAUGCCGAAGGUUUGGCCAACAAUAAAGGAGACCUUUUUGAACAACAGGCAGGUGUCAACUCCCAAACCAACCAAGAGAUCAAUGAAGGUGGAAUCACCCAAACAAAUGGAGCCUCAGGCAUUGGUUCGAAUCUUGCCACCGAUGGCUCCAGCGGCCAGGUGAGUUCGGCCAAUGUGGGUCAAACGAAUGCCGUUUCCGGAGAUGGAUCGCAAAGCUCCAACAGUGCUCAAAGUCAGGCUCUUAAUUUUGAGGCUAAUCAACAGCAGGCUGCUACCUCCAAUGCCGGCACCAAUCAAGUGAUUACCGCUACUGGCGAACUCUCCGAGGCCAACAGUGGUUCCCAAUCGACGAAUAACAAUGAAUUUGGCUCCGCAAGCAAUGUUGCCAACACCAACAGUGCCGUUUUUCGCGAGGGCAAUACCAGUGGUGCCCAGGCCGACUCUAGCGGUCAAUCCAUAGUCCAAGGUCCCAAUGGACAAAACUCUGCUGCCAACACCCAAUCUAGUGUGACAUCUACGCUUGGCGCCAAUGGCUCCGUUAGCAACUCAGCCACAAGCAAUGCAUCGGCUGUGAGUCAAGGUGGAAAGGGAGCCAGUGCUAGUGCCAGUGCUGUGGCCACAGCAUCGGCUAGUUCAAGUGCCGGUGCCGGCGGUGGCAACUCGUUCACCAAUGCCCAAGGCAGUGCUGGAGGUGGAGGCGCUUUCUCUAACACCGGAGCUUUUGCAAACAAUUUUGGAGCCCAAGGUUUUGCCAACAGUAAAACUGGAAAUCGUAGAGGUUAGAAAUGAGUGUUUGUUUUCCUUUCUUGUCAGCACCAU